AUGGUAGUGGGCAGGAGGGGAGGAGGGGGGAGAGGGGUGUGAGGUGCCGCCGCCGGCUCUCAGCAGCUCCGCUGCCUGCUCGCGGCCGCGUCUACCCGGAGGCGGCUGCUGAGGCCGCGGGAGCCGAGGCGGUCCCUGCCAUAUUGUGUGCUCCCGCUAGCCCUCGUCGCGGCGGCCGCGCUCACGACCUAUAAGAGUAAAUGGGUCCAGUCAUUGGAAUGACUCCAGAUAAGAGAGCUGAAACCCCAGGAGCUGAAAAAAUUGCAGGACUAAGCCAGAUUUAUAAAAUGGGAAGCUUACCUGAAGCUGUGGAUGCUGCCCGGCCAAAGGCUACUCUCGUGGGCAGUGAGUCAACAGAUGAUGAAUUGACAAACUUGAACUGGCUUCAUGAAAGUACUAAUCUUCUUACAAACUUCAGCUUCGGUGGUGAGGAUCUUCCAGUGGUUAGCCCACUGUAUGACAUAGAGGGAGAUGAUAUGCCAUCCUGUGGACCAUCCUGCUACCAGAACCCAGAAAAAAAAUCAACCACCUCAAAGCCCCCGUACUCCUUUAGUCUUCUCAUUUAUAUGGCUAUAGAACACUCUCCAAAUAAAUGUUUGCCUGUCAAAGAAAUUUAUAGCUGGAUUCUGGACCGUUUCCCGUAUUUUGCUACUGCACCAACAGGGUGGAAAAAUUCUGUUCGACAUAAUCUAUCUCUAAAUAAAUGUUUUCAGAAAGUGGAAAGAAGCCACGGCAAGGUUAAUGGGAAAGGUUCCUUGUGGCGUGUUGAUCCAGAAUAUAAACCCAAUCUCAUGCAGGCACUGAAGAAGCAACCUUUUUCCUCUCCACAAAGUGGUUCUUUAUCACCUCACUAUUUAAGCUCUGUUCUCAAGCAGAACCAGGUGCGAACUCUCAAAGAAUCUGAUAUUGAUGCUGCCACUGCAAUGAUACUUUUAAAUACUUCUAUAGAACAAGGGAUUUUAGAAUGUGAGAAGCCUCUUCCUCUUAAAACAUCAUUGCAAAAAAAGAGGAAUUAUGGCCAUGCAUUUAGUCAUCCCAGUGCUGUACGAUUACAAGAGAGUGAUUCGUUAGCCACCAGCAUUGAUCCAAAAGAAGAUCACAACUACAGUGCCAGUAGCAUGGCAGUACAGCGGUGUGCAUCCAGGUCAAGCGUGUCUUCCCUGUCCUCUGUAGAUGAGGUGUACGAAUUCCUCCCAAAGAGUAGCCAUGCGGGCAGUGACGGCAGUGAAGGAUUUCAUAGUGAAGAAGACACAGACGGUGAUUACGAAGAUGACCCUCUUGGAGACAGUGGCUAUGCGGCACAGGCUUGUGUAGAUACCUCUCAAAAAGGGCAGCCAGGCAAAAAGAUGCGAAAACAGUCGUGUCAGGAAAUUGAUGAGGAGCUCAAAGAGGCAGCCGGAUCUCUGCUCCACCUUGCUGGAAUUCGUACGUGCCUAGGUUCCCUAAUAAGUACUGCAAAAACACAAAAGCAGCGGAAAAAAUGAAAUACUGGUUAGUGUGAAAUUAUUUUAAAGUGUGGCAAUACUCUUCUACUAAAAGGGAUAUCAAAGCCAUAAUGGACUUCUUUAGUUUUAAGGUGGGGGAAGGGUGCCAAUUACUUGUUUCCUUCAAAACAUUUUUGGUUACUUUUUAAAAAAAUUUUUUUAUUAAAUAAUUGCUGUUAGGAUCAUGUUCAAUGAUAAAUAUGUGAUAUAAAAACCUAAAAGCAUAACUUUGGUGAUGUGUCUCCAAGAUUUGGAAGUUUUUAUGUAAGGGAAUGCCCAGUCUCUCUCUUAAAACUUACAGGAAAAAAAUCUUUUUCUGUUAAUACAUCAAAAUGUAAGACUUGGUAACUCUAUACUUUUUUUGUUUUCCUUUCCACUGUAACUAACUGUAACUGUAGUUACUGAUCCAGCUAAAAUUUUCCCUGAUAUCUUUCUCAUAUACUCCUGUCCUGACACACAAUCUAUUAUGAUAAGAUUUAGAUUUUUUUGUCUUAUUUUUUAUUUUAAAUUACUUUUUGUUGCAGCACGAGCAAAGUCAAAUAUAAAUUGAAAAAGAUCUUAGAUGUCUAGGAAGUCCCUUUUGGUUAACAUAAGUAGAGAAUACAACAAAGAGUUCUAAUUGCUUUAGAAAAAGCAAUUUUGGGAUGUGAUUUCAUCUAAAUACUCUUAAUUCCUAUUAUGAUACAGUAGUAUCUUUGAAAUAUUUUUAUUGAACAGAUAUUGCAUAGCAUUCAUUGGAGCCCUUUUAUUCUUUCCCAAAAUGCUUUGCAACCAUUGUUAAGUUUUAGCCACUAUCUGUCUUUGUUGAAUAGAAUUUAUCCAAUGAAAAGAUAUAGCCGUAGAGUUUGUUAUGGAGUAAUAUCCAUUUUGACAUACUUUUGCAAUAAAAGAACCUUUUACUUGCUUUCUAAAUACACUGCAUUCUGAGAGUCAUAUAAUAGGAAUGGAGUGUAGUAAAACAUUUUGAGUAAUUCCUACUUAUGUUGUCAUAAGGUAAGGUAGGUCAUUUAGGAAAAAACUUCUUUCCAAAUUUUGCAUGAGUUACAAUUGCUGAAUUAACUUUUAAAAGACAUAAUGAAGCUGUAGAGAUAAAUACCUUCAGGGAUUUAAAACUCAUGAAAUUAGAUCUUAUACAGUACUCUUUGAGAAGACAGUACAAUACUCACAUGUGCCAUUAAUCCAUGCUAAAAGAUUUUAUAUUACUAUUCCAAAAGUGCAUUGACUAAGGUAUUUUAAAUAUUUAAACAAAAUCUGCUUAUAUAAGACAGUUUUUCGUAUCAUUUACUUAGUUUGACUGUAUUAUUCAGAAAGAACAAGAGAUACUAAUACUAUAAUUCAUUAUAUAUAUAUAUGUAUUUUUUACAAUGGUGGUAGCAGCUUUCUAAAAGUUUGGUCUUGUCUGACGGUAUAUCCUAUGUCAUAGACAAUGAACUUAUUUUCAUUUUUCUCAUAAUUUAUAUACAUAUAUAUACAUACAGUGUCAGGCUCAAUGUUAAUUUCCUGCCUUCAGCUGUUUUUAUGACAAUAAAACAUUUUUGUGGAUUUUUAAAGAGACGGCUUAUUUUAACUUUGAGCAAAACUGUCAAAUGAGAAGAAUAAUAACAAAAGCGUCUUUUUCCAUGGGUAAGACUUUAAGCCAGGGAUAACAGCAUUAAAGUUCUCUGUUCUGUUUAUGUUAAUACAUAUUUUUUUUGGUACCGGGGAUCAAACUUGGGACUUUGCACUUGUGAGGCAGGCGCUGGAACCACUGAGCUAAAUCCCUGGCUAAUUUUAAUUGAAUCUGGAUGGCCACAUUAAUAGAAUUGGUGCUGUUGAAAUCUAGUAACUUUUUCCUUUGUCGAUAAUAUAGGAUGAGACAUUAAAAUUUUUUCCUCAUGUCAUAUCAACAGAAAAUGACUAAACUAAUUCAAUCUCUUUUACUAUAGAGAAUGAAUAAAAGAUGAAAAAAUUCAUUUACCACACUGUGAAUAGUACAGAAAUUACAAAUAUCAGUUUAAUAACAAAAUAUUUUUAAGUUCUUUACUGUGACCUCUGGAUAGAGCAGUGUAACACUCUUCAAUGAUUUGGUCCCACUCUGCCUUGUUCUCCUAGCAUUCUGCACCACAGCGGUACUCCUGAGUCCUGUCUGUCGGACACUCCUUACAAGGAAAGAAAAAUGACCUACGAUAAGGAGGGGGAGAGUUAUUCUCAGCUCAAAUAGGGAUCUUAAAAGUUUUUUGUUUCAAUAUAUGUAACAACUUUAAGUUCUUUGAUUUUUCUCUCCCUCUUCAUGUACUCUUCCCACAAAUUCAGAUGUUGAAGCUACAUUCAUCACUUGUGAGGAAGAUAAACUCUUGUAUACUAAAAGCUAACUGGGAGAAGUUGCACAAUAUUUUACACUUGAGUUUUGUACAGAACUCAGUGCAUCACUUUUCAUUUACUAAUAGACUAUGGCAGUUAUUUUCGAAAGAAAGAACCAAAAUUUUUAAUUAUAGUCCCCUCAUGACUUCCAUUGAGACAAUGAUCUAAGUCUUCAGCUAUGUUGAUACAAAUGUGGCUCAUCACCCUCCACAUAAAGGAAGUCAUUCUGAGUCCUAUGGACUAGAAAUCAUAAUGCCCAGUCAUUAAAUUUUGCUGCAAUGAAAACGUAGGUUAGAGAGGUUACAUACUUUUCAACUAAAUAUUUUAAAAUUGUGACUUAAGCUAAUAUGUAACUUGCCUUAUAUCAGUAUAAUACAAAUUUUGUUGCAACAAAUUCCAGUUUGUAAUAGAUUUCUAGUAAAAGUUUUGUCUCUUGGCACAAUUAAUCUUAACUUUUCACCUCCCAAAUAGAAUCAGUGUUUCUUGAAUAUGUAUUUUUGCAUUUUAUUUGUGCAAUAUAUUACUAAGUUAAUAUUUACUUUUCAAAUUCAGAGAAAGAAAACAUUAUCUGUAUUCAUGGAAAAGCUAAGUAUUGGUGGAUCACCUCCCUUUUUCCACCUUUAAGCUUUUCUUGUCCUCCUAGCCAAUGUGACUUCUCUUAACUUAGAGUCCCUGUAUAUUGUAAAGUUUAGUAUAUAAUUUUUUUUGCUACUUUCUGAGGCAUUAUAUAAAAGGUUCAUGCUAGAUAGUUAAAUAUACAUUAGCAUAAAUUCAAAGCUAGAGAAAGUGUUAAGGAGGGAAUGUAUGUGUUUUGGUAGACCAGGAGGCCCUUCCCAGCAGUUUAAACAACAGAUUAGCAAUAGUUAUGAAUAUUUCAUAAAGUUAUAAAAACUGUCUUAACUACUAUAGUAAUUUAACACCCUUUUGAGGGAACUAUAGUAUUUAAGAAACUUUGAGACUUUCUGGUUUACAUAUACUUUAUAGAUUUUCUUAGUUUGAAAUGUGUAAACUUUGAUUUAAAUGAGGUUUACUUCAGUGUUAAUGAUGUAGUCAAGUUAUUUAUUGAAAGGCAAAAUAAUAGAGUAUUCUAAUGUUAUACCUGCCAUUUUUUUCUUUACAUCUAACUGCCAGUGCCACUGUCAAAACUUGUUUUUAAAAUUGUUGUACAUUUUUAUUAAACUGCUUAAUUUUCACAUAUUGUGUUGCCAUCAUACAGUGUAUAAAAAUGUAUAAUUGCCAAUCCAUUGUAAUUAUUAUUUAUUUUUUAAAUGAAAGUAUAAGAAUGCUUUCCAAUUCGAGACAUUUAUUGAACUGUUCUUCUUUUCUGGUGUAGUGUAAAAAUUGUCCUGGGUUUGAGUUGUAACUGCCAGUAGAUGAACAGUCACAAGUGAACCACUUCUCAGUUGCCAGUCUUUGCUCCUAUUAAAAACAACUUAACGAAUGUUUAGUUUUUGUAUCUAAUCUCUGAUUAUUAAAAUGUUUAUAAAGUUUAUUUUUACCAAAGAGAUGCGAUCCAUUAUGAUAAAGCAUUGCAGAAUAAACUUUGUUUUAUAACA